CGCAAUGUAAACAAUUUCGGACGAGGCCCGCUCUGUUCUCCGAGAGGUGUGCGACACUCUUCGACGUACAAUCGCGAGCUGCGUGUUGGCGGGUCCGUGGAGUGGUUCAGAGACGAGUUUUGUUCUAACUUGUUCAACGUGUGCGUUUCUCUCCCCUUCUUCAGGAACCAGACAAUUUCCAGGAAAAUAGCAGCCAUAAAAUUGGGACUCUUAUACGGAAUUUUUCCACAUAAUUCGAGCUAUUUGGGAAGUUUGAUGCACAAUGAUAGACGUUUUCCAAACUCUCCUCGGCAUCGCUCUGGUGCUUGUCUCUGUCUACAUCUACAAUUACUACAAUGAGGUCACUAAUUAUUGGAAAAAGUAUAAGAUACCUGGACCUAAACCUCAUUUACUCUUUGGAAACAUAAUACAAUUUAUUGCUCUAAAAAAAUCAAUUAGCGAAUGUGUAAAACAAUUAUAUGAUGAAUAUAAAGAGGAGCCUGUAUUUGGAAUAUUUGACAGAACAACACCUAUGCUUGUUGUUAAUGACUUGGACUUGAUUAAGGAUGUUCUUAUUAAGGAUUUUUCACUAUUUACCGAUCGAGGUCUAUCUUUUUACCCUAAGGUAGAACCAUUGACCGAACAUCUCUUUGUCCUGGAACCCGAAAGAUGGCGCCCACUAAGAGCAAAUCUCUCGCCAGUUUUUACUUCCGGCAAGCUUAAAGAAAUGUUUCUUUUAAUGCUAGAUUGUUCGAUGUAUUUGGAGAAACAUCUGGCAAAAAUAGCGGAUAAAGAAGAGCCGGUUGACUGUCGCGAAUUAUCAGCAAAAUUCACAACCGAUGUAAUCGGCAAUUGUGUCUUCGGAAUCGACACGAGUGCUCUUUCGAAUGAAGACAGUGAAUUCCGUCGAAUAGGCAGAAGUGUCCUUGCACCUUCCACCCGAGCGACAAUUAGAAAUUUCGUUAGAGAAAUUUUACCCUUCCUGUACAAAACCAUUGGACACCUGCUUCAACCCCCAGGUGCCGAUAAAUUCUUUACCAAAAUGGUCGUGGAUACUAUAAACUACAGAAAAGAGAAUAAUAUUUAUAGACCCGAUUUUAUCAACAUACUCAUGGAACUUAAAAAUCAUCCUGAGAAACUACAAAAUGUUGAACUGACAGACACGUUGCUCACUGCCCAAGCAUUCGUCUUUUUCGUGGCUGGAUUCGAAACCUCUUCAACGACUAUAGCUAAUACUUUUUACGAAUUAGCCCAAAACCAUGGUAUACAAGACAAAUUGCGAGAAGAAAUUAGGCAGAGUGAUACAAAGUAUGGUAAAAUUUUAACAUACGAUCGAGUUAAAGAGAUGAAAUACUUGGACAAAGUAUUCAAAGAAACAUUGAGAAAGUACCCUAUAUUUCCAGUAUUAAUGCGACAAGCACUGAAGAACUAUACAUUUAGGGAGACCAAAAUUACGAUACCAAAGGGUACUAAAAUGUGGAUUCCAGUAUACGGGAUCCAACGCGAUCCAAACGUUUUCUCAGAUCCUGAGAAAUUUGACCCUGAGAGAUUUAGCGAAGAAGCUGUUGCAGCUAGACAUUCUAUGAGCUAUCUACCAUUCGGUGAUGGGCCACGAAACUGCAUUGGUGCUCGUUUUGCAUAUUUUCAAAGCAAGGUUGGAAUCAUAACAGUUUUGCGAAAUUACAAAGUUGACGUUUGUGAGAAAACCAUCAUUCCGUACAAACCUGACCCAAGGUCGUUCUUAUUGUCGCUGAAAGGGGGAGUAUACUUGAAGAUUACGAGAGCAUAAAAUUACUAAAAAUAAUUUUAUGUAACAAUUUCACA